AGGGCUUGCUUCCUGCCCCAACGAAGCGGGAUCCUUAGCAACGGGAAAGAUUUGGCCGGGAGAAGAUGCAGCCAAGCGGAGAAGGAGCCGCCAUGGGCCGGCAGAGCCCCGAGCCGACCAUGUACCGGCACAGACCCAGCUCGGAGCUGACUCAGGAUAUUUCCCAUUUGUUAGCAAGUGUCUUUAAGAACAUGUAUACCUCAGAGGUGAUAGGAGUGGACACGGUGGAAAAUAUGAUCAAGUCCCGCGGCGGAGACAAUGUCCAUCAUGAGGAGUUCGUGAAAGAGUUGCAGAAGGUCAGGAAGAAAUACAAAGACCAGUUGGCAGAAGCAGAUAUGCUGGAAAGGCACAUCAUCCAAGCCAGGGCUCGAGCCACAGCAGAAGAGGAAAGGACCCUGAACCAAUAUAAAGAAGUUCCAGAAAGUUACCGUCACAUUUCGUUGCCACCGGUAAAGUCUACCUUCAGAUGGUGCGUGGAUGAUGAACUUCUGGAAAAGCAUAAUUUAAUCAGCCCUAAGGAUUACAUCACGGAUCCAGAGCUCAUUACCCGGGCACCAAAAGAAAUAUCUGAGCCUGGCUACUUGAAAGAUAAUGAGAGUUUUCAACACCAUAUUUCUGACAAUUCAGUUUCUUCAAAACUGAAAGAAAGUCCACACAUUAAGAAACUAAAAGAAAGUUUUCCAGAUGUGUCUUUAUCUAGCUUUACCUUGGAGUCUUCAACUACUGAUGUUCCAAGACAAAUUAAAAAAUCAUUCAUUAAGAAGAAAGCUAUCCUCUUCCAAAAACCAGUUUGGAUGAGUAGCAUGACCAGAGCUGAAAGGCAAAAGGACCGUGCUUACCUCCAGAGGCUUGAGGAACGCCAUAACUUCCUGAAAAACCCACGCUAUUUCCCACCCAACUCCUAUCGUGGAGGACGGUCCUUAAUUCUGCCUCAAAAGAGGGUGGAGCGUAUGUUCGCGGGAAGAAUAAAGAUGGUGGUUGAAAGCGAUGCCCAGUCCGUGCCUAUUUUCCUAGCAAACCCACCAGAAGUCGUGUUUUCUUAUUAUGAAGUUGGCCAGGUUUAUGAAAUGACUGUAGAGUUACAGAACAUGACGUCAACCUCUCAGUGUAUCAGAAUAAUUCCUCCGGCUACAUCAGCCUUUUCUAUUGGGUUGGGAAAAUUUCCAGGAGAAGGAGGACUUAUUGCUCCUGGAAUGAGCUGUUACCAUGAAGUUCAGUUCAUUCCUGAAUAUCUAUCGGAUUAUGAUGAUUAUAUCCUGGUAGAGUCACAGACGCGAUAUCCGUUCUUCAUCCCUUUGAAAGGUAGAAGACCGCCUCCUAUUCUGACACUGCCUUUCACUUUAGACUGUGGUGCCUGCCUCGUAGGUGGAGUAAAAUUUACACAAUUUCCUUGCAAAAAUGAAGGUUCUAGCACUGGGAAGUUUUGCAUCAUGCCAAAGGGCAUAUGGCCACCCCCUAACUUCCGGGCUGUUGCCACUUUUGGUUAUGUGGAGCAAAACGUAUUUGGGAUUCACCCAGCAGUAUUUGAGCUUGAUCCUGGUCAGUCGACAGUAAUUGAGGUUGUGUUCAUGCCCAUUUUACCUGAAACCUUUACAGCGACGUACCUCAUGGUUUGUGACAACUGCCAGGUCAACGAGAUUACUGUGACAGGUCUAGGGCAGCUGAUAGCUUUGGAACUGUUCUCUGUCACUGGUGGAGAAAGCCAUCCCCUUCCCGGUGAACUUACAAAUGUGAAAGCACAACAUCUCAUUCGCUUUGAUUCUCUGAACCCCUAUUCUGUGGCAGAGAAGACUCUGGUUCUAAGAAAUAUGACCCACGUGGAACUUCCCUUCUUCUGGCAGAUAAUGAAACCUAACCUGCAACCAUUAAUGUUGGAAGGAAAAGUGGACCUUGCAAAAAUAAAAUACAACUUGGAAAAAAACUCAGCUUUCUCUCUAACUCCAUCCAUGGGAAAGCUUCCCGCACAUUCCGACUACACCUUUACUCUCACAUUUGCUCCAAAAAAGUUGAAAGACUACCACAGUGUGCUUCAGAUUGUGCUAGAGGAUAUCCCAGAACUACCUAACCCUCAAAAACAAUGGUUAUAUGAAGGUGGAGAACCCCGACAAGAAGAUGUUAUUGCCCUGGACAUAGAUGUUAAAGGCUACACAGAACCCUUUCAGCUCCUUUUAGAACCAUAUGUCAUUAUCAUCCCUGGAGAAAACUAUAUUGGUGUAAAUAUUCGAAGAAUAUUUAAGAUGUAUAAUAAUAGUAAAUCCCCUGUCGCUUUUGCCUGGGAGAAAAUCAGUGAGUGUGACAUAUUGGAAGUCGAACCUUCUACUGGAAAGUUAGGAGAAAAUGAGUUCUGUGAGUUUGAGUUCACCAUUACCGGAGGCAAACCUGGACAUUCCUGUCAUGAGCUAAAAUGCAAGAUCAGCAAGUGUACAGAACCCGUUGUGUUGCAUGUGGAAGCUGAUUUUAAGGGUCCCCUUCUUUCCAUUAGCGUGCCAUCACUUGAUUUGGGUCUCCUUAAACUGGGAGAAAAAGUGUCCUGCACUUUUGAGAUACAAAACAUAAGUCAACUGCCAGGAAGAUGGAAAAUGCAGGAAAGUCCCGUUUGCAUGGCUGAAAGGGAUGAAGAGACCUCUCCUUUUACAAUUGAGCCUUCUAGUGGGGAAUUAGGUCCUCUAGACGUGUGCAGUGUCUCAGUUUUAUUUUCAUCAUAUAUGUGUCAGCGUCUCCAAACAGUGCUAGUGAUGGAAGUGGAAAAUGGAACUGGAAGCCAUAUCCUCGUCUCUGUGGAAGUUCAGACUCCUCAGGUGUGCCUUCUCUCAAGCCACUUGCAUUUUGAUCUUUCGGUUGGGAUUCCUGCACAAGCAACCAUCAAGCUUUUUAACCAGACAUUGCUCCCAGCCCGCUUUCAGUGGGGAGAGCCCCUUGGAAGGCAGGCUUCUUCGUACACGGUUAGCAUCACUCCAGAAAGUGGCCUUUUGGGUCCAAAUGAGGAAAAGGAAUUGUGUUUAGUGAUAAUGACUCAUUCUAAGGAUGAGCUGAAGGACCUCACCCUGUGCUGUAGCAUUGAAGACAUGCUGGAUCCAAUCUUUCUGUCUAUUUCUGGUGAAGUAAAGGGGCUGCAUGUCACAUAUUCUAUACCCGUUGACAGUGACGAGAAAGAAAAAUCAGAGAGUUCUCAAGAGCUAAAAUUAGACUUCGGUUCUGAAGUGGCAUUGAAGAGUGUGGUAAAACGUCACCUCAUAAUCACCAAUCAUUCUGAAUUAGCUGCUUUUUUCACAAUCGAGGUCGACUAUUUUAGCAGCGGUCCGCCAUCUUCAGAGGAACAUGGUUCGGAUGCUGAUAUAGCCGUGGAAAAAACAAGACGGAUAACCAGAAUGAUAGAAAAAAGAAGACAAUCAGCUCUCAAAGCGGCAAUGUUGUCUCAUGGGAAAGGAGCGACUUUCCAUGUGUGCCCUUCCACAGGAACCCUGAAGGCCUUUGAAGAGCUUUCUGUAGAAAUAACAGCCUAUAACAACAUGUGGGGACAUUACGAGGACACUCUCAGCUGCAAAGUUGGAGAAUCAGACCCUGUGUGGAUUCCCAUCCAGAUGACUGUGAAAGGCUGCCCAAUCUACUUGCAAGUGACAGGACCAAACCAUCCAAUGGCGACACCUGUCAUCAGGUUUGGGGCCCACAUCUCUGGCGGAGACACAGUCUCCCGUUAUCUGCGUCUCAAUAAUCCCACUCCUUUUGACAUUCGGAUGGAUUGGGAAACUUACAACCAGGAUAAAGAUGAUGACAAGUUGGUGGACCUCUUGGUGUUCUACGGCGCUCCUUUCCCAAUUAAAGACUUAGAUGGCAAUGAGAUUGAAGUCCUCUGGGAAUCUGACCCAUCCCGGUAUAGGAUCUCUUUUGCCUCAACUAUCACGUCUCUUAGCUCUACCAGGCAGGACACAAGCCUGGGGCCAAUUUUGGAGGACGAUGAAGGAGGAAGUGAUGAUGAUGAUGAUGAUGAUACAGUGUGGCAUACACCCACCCCAAGACAAAUAAUUUCUGUUGUCAUCAGAGCUCACGAGGGGGUGCCUUCAGACUAUCCUUUCUGCAUAACUCCCAAGCAAGUCGUUGUUCCUGCAGGGGGCAAUGUUGCCAUCCACAUUUCCUUCACUCCGCUGAUGCUUCCUGAGAUCAUUAAUAAGUUUGAAUGCGAAGGCUUUGCUCUUGGCUUCAUGAGUUUGGACAGCCCGGUAGCUCAGGAGAUCCCAGGAAAAGUAAUUCGUGGAGACGGUCAUGCUGUAGCACCUCUCAGAAUUGACCUGCAAGCUUUUGUCAAACCCGCCUUAUUAACCAUUGAAAUGGAUCAUGAGCGUGGCUUGGAGUUUUAUGCAUUCGCCAGUGGCCUGAUCCCAGAUAUGCCCUUAAAGGGUGUUUUGACAGACACAGCCACCACUCUCAAUUUGAAACUCACCAACAACACUGAGGCGCCUCUUUCCUUUAAGCUCAUCUUAACGAUGCCCUUCUCUGUCUCUGGAGUGGACCCCAAGAAGAGCCUGCAAACAUCUCACAGUGACAGAGAGGAUGGGGGACAUAACCUCCUCCUUCAUGCACUGGAAAAUAUGCUGGUGAAGGUGUCCUUCCACACAACCCUAGAAUUGCUAACCUACCAGUAUCUUCCAGAAGACCAGAUGCCUCCUGGACUUCAAGUGCUCAAUCGUGAAAAUGGAGAUAAAAUACUAGAGUUUCAGCAAGAUCUAGUGAUUGAGUACAGCAACAAAGCGAACCAGGUGUUGCCCAUGACAGCCUACCUGACCGUCCCGCUGCUUGAACUGUCUUGUGAUACGAUUGACUUUGGGACCUGCCUAGUGAACCAAAAGAGGACUGAAGCUAUCCUUGUGAUGAAUAAGAGCGGAUGCAGGAGUUACUGGGCUGCAUUGCUGAAUGAAGAAGAGCGGCACAGGGACCCAGAAGUGUUUUCCAUCUCCCCAAAUAGCGGCAUGCUCGAAGCGCAUGUAUGCAGCGUGCCUACCAAAGAAGUCCUAGUUGUCCGCUUCACAGCAAGGGAGGACAAGGAGUACGAGACCAUUGUGACCAUUGUUGGGAUGCUGGGAGAGAAACCCUGCCUGCUCUCUGUACGAGGAAAAGGCUCUUACGAUGAGAAGUUUGAAGAGAGAAUCAAAACCUAAGCACUUGGCGACUUUCACAGCAGGAAAAUAUGCCAUUCAUUGAGCAGCGUGACCACCUGCCGAGCCCCGGUGCAGCCCAGGGGGUGACCCAGAGCAAUGGCGCCACCAAGAGGGUUGACCUUCUCCAGAGGAAUGCCCAGCUUCUCCACACAGUAGACGGCCUGGAAGGACACCACAAUCAAGGCACCUGGGCGAGCAGACCAGCCCAACUGGGCUGGGUUAAAAACUAGCUUCUCCCCGGCUCUUCCAAAUAUUGUUGUUAAGGAGAUUCCAACAUUUUAAAAGAGAUAAGUACAAUUAUUGGA